AAGCAGUCUGAACCAACAGAAGAGAUAAACUUCAUUAGCAAGAAAGUUCCACUCCUAAAACAUGAAGGUCCUGCAUAAAGAUGAGCUGCUGAUCGCUGAACGAGUCCUGCUAAAACACCUACCCAAGAGUUUUAAGGUCUAUGGCUACCUGUAUGGUUUCAAUAGGAACAAACCAACCACACUGGAGGUAGUUGUUGAUACAUGGCCUGAUUUUAAGGUCAUCAUUUGCCGACCUGACCCCAAGAAUAAGCUCGCUUCGGAGUUCAAGAAACAGGUGACCUACUAUAGCAUGGAUGAUCAGAUUUUAAGGAAAAUGCUGACAGAGGAUAAUGUAAUUGACUGGAGCACUCAUUUCCUAAUUGCAGGAUUAGACUUUUCCCACGCCUCCAUGCUCAAAGAGCUUUCCUCUGCCAGAGAGGUCAACAACAGAGUCUUUACUUUGGUGCAUCUCAUGUAUAUGCCAGACUGCAGCCAUGUGCUUUCACCAGCUAUUGACAGUGAGAUGGAAUCAAGGAUUUCAUCUCUUGACCUUUCCCAUGUUGACUUGGUGAAUAAAACAUGGAAGUUUGGAGGGGAUAAGCAAGGUUACCACUACAUUAAACAUUUCAUCAGCAACUUUCCUUCAUGCUGCAUCACUGAUGGCCAGGGUCAGCCGGUAUCCUGGAUUCUGAUGUAUGAUUACUGUGCCUUGGGCCUAUUGUACACCCUGCCAGAGCACAGAGGGAAAGGCUACGCCAAAGUGUUGGUCAGCACCAUUGCCAAGAUCCUGCAUGCUCAGGGUUACCCAGUGUACUGCUACAUAGAGCAGGACAACACAAUCUCCCAGAAGUUUUUUAAAAACCUGGGCUUCAUAGAGGAUCCCUCAUACAGGGCAUCAUGGUUUGAGUUCAACUUUUGAUUUUGGAACCAGUGUGGCUUCUAACAUUGUAUUAAUCCUAUAGUUGAGCUGGUAGCAUGUAAAAAUAAAUAACUUUAAACCAAGUUUAACGUUAUGAAUAAUC